AUGUCAUCGUUAAGAGAUCAAUUAGCUCAGGUCUCCGGCAAGAAUGCUACGUUAGCUCUCGAUAGGAAGAAAAGACAAAAGCUACACUCGGCAUCUCUUCUCUACAAUCCAAAAACUGCAAGUACCCAGGAUUUUGAUUUCAUCUUUGAAAAUGCAACUAACGCCUUGAAUGAUUUGAUAGAAAUUGAACCCAAAUUUGCAAUCUUUGCGAAAACUCUCUUUUCAGAAUCGUCGAUCUCCAUUGACAGAAAUAUUCAAACUAAGGAGGAGGUAAAGAACUUAGAUAAGGCAAUCAACGCCUAUUUAAUGUUAGCUUCUUCAAAAUGGCACUUGGCGCCUACUUUACAUGCCACUGAAUGGUUAGUUCGCCGUUUCCAAAUACACAUCCAUAAUACAGAGACUCUUUUAUUAUCUACCAUAAACUACUAUCAGGCCUCAGUCUUCAAAAGAAUACUAGGAAUUGUCAAGCUACCGCCACUAUUUCACCCAUUGUCUAGUUUUGUGAGAAGUGACAGAAACCCAACACAUAUCACGAUCGUCAAACUUUUCCAAGAUAUGGAUUUUUUGAAACUUUAUACUAAUUAUUUGGGUAAAUGCGUAAGACAAGGAACUACUUACACCAGUCAACUACUUUUCUCCUCGUGUUGUUUUGUGAAUUUAAUUGCAUACUCAAAUAAUGACGAAGAAAGGCUUAAUUCCCUGGUACCCGUUGUAUUGGAAAUUUCAGCAAAGCUCUUGGCCUCCAAUUCAGUCGAUUGUCAAAUUGCCGCACACUGUAUCAUGGUAGUGUUGGCGACUGCGCUUCCUUUGAAGAAAACUAUUAUUUUGGCAGCUACUGAAACGAUUCUAUCCAACGUACAAUCUGGUGCCAAGAAAUCUGCGCUUGUUACCAUUUGCAAACUAUUUCAAACUUUAAAAGGCCAGGGAAAUGUGGAUCACCUUCCUGAUAGACUUUACAAGCUCUUCGAUGAAAAAUUUAACAUCACUUAUUUGAAUGAGCACUUGAAUAAGGGCGAUUCACCUCAGUGUGAUAAAUUUGUCACUUCGUAUUUGAAAGCUUUGGCUAGGUAUGAUUACGAGAGAUUGAGCAGUACCAUCCUAAUUCUAAAGAGCAUUAAAUUGGAAAAGUUCGAGCUCAGACUAUUUAUUACCGAUUUAAUCCACCUUUCUGAAGUUUUAUCUGAUAAAUCUCAGUUGAUAGCUGUGUUCGAAUAUUUGGUACCUCUCAAUGAAAAUCUGGUCCUAAACUGUUUGAAAUCACUGGACAUCAGCCGUGAAAUUUUCGAAAUUAGACUAACCACAUCUUUGUUCUCCAAUAAAGGAGAAGUUAACGAAUCAGAUAUCAUGCAUGCCUUAUCAUCUGAGGAUGCAAGCGGUAAAAUGGCAAAAGUUCCUUCGUUCAAAGAAUUUAUGGAUAAGCAUUCUGCAUUGAUAAAUACCGGCAACAGGUCUAUGCUCGUAGAAUCAGAUGUUUCAUUCAACAAGAUACUAUCAUUGUUUUUAGAAGCAGUGGGUAACAAGUACCCUCCCGCUCAAUUUUUGUCAUCUUUUUUUACAACUUUAGAAGGAAGAAUUACCUUCUUACUAAGAAUUUUGGUUUCAUCAUCAGCUCCUUCUGCCCUAAAGUUGAUUGCAUUGGACAAUAUCUCCAAAUGUAUCAACAGCAUCGACAAAGAAUCUAAUGUAUUCGCUCUAGUGCCAUGUCUAGUGUGUGCGCUUAGCGAUAUGUCUAAAAAUUUGAGGGUUGGUAUCAAGAAACUCCUUUCACAGAUUUCUAAGAGACCCUCUACAAAGCAUUAUUUUAUGGCAAAGAGAUUGUACGGUGAAGAUGUGGAUUUCCCACUAUUGAAUCCAAAAGAUGGUGAAUUAUGGUUAGAAAACUUUUUAAAUGAGUAUGUCAUUGACGACUACAAGAUUUCGAAUCUAAUCAUUCCAAAGAAAAAUGAAAAGGUUUUCCUAGUAUUCUGGAGCAAUCAGGCAUUGUUUAUACCUCUACCUUUACCAAAGAUGAUUUUGUUACAGAAUCUAAAUCAGCGCUUCGGUUCACCUGCAUCUUAUUCAUCAAUAUUCGAAAACUUCAUCAAUGGCUAUUUGAAGGACAGAGAACAUUGGGAGUCACGUUGUAAAAACAACAAAACAAGCUUUAAUGACUUUGAAACUGCUAUCGUGAACUUAAUCUCUCCCAAUGAGAAGAACCAAUUUUUCAUCGAUUUCAUUGUCAAUGCAUUACAAUCUAAUUACGAACAACUCGCAUCUAUUGUGGCUCAAAAGUUGCUCAAGACGUUUUCCACCUUUAGGUUUGAGCAGCAACUGAAAAUCUUGCAAAGUAUUUUGGACACUGCUGCCUUAGAAGAACAAAGUUACGAUGCAGUGGAGACCCUUCAAUCUUUGCCACUAACUACUGAAUUAUACGGUGUCAUUCUAUCUCAGAACAGAAUUCAAUCUGACAAUGAAAUCACUGAAUUGACUAAGAAGAGGAGAAGAAGAUCUUCCACCAACAAGGCAGCUUUACAAAAAGAAGGUGUAACCCAAAUUGCAGAAACCCAUUUGAAGAAAUUGACCAUUAUUUUAGAGUCUCUCAACCUAUCAAAGGUUCCAGGUUCAGAGUCCCUCUUGUCCACCUUACUCUCUUUGUUGUCUGAUCUAGAAACUUUGGAACAAGAUGGUGGUCUUCCUGUGCUUUAUGCACAAGAAACCUUAGCUUCAUGCAUGCUUAAUACGAUCAAUUCUAUCGAGAAGAGCAAUACACCCAAACCUAAGCAUGUCAAAGCCGAUGUUGUGGUUUCCGCUAUUAGAAAUUCACCCUCCCCUCAAGUCCAGAACAAGUUACUUUUGGUUGUUGGUGCAUUGGCUUCUUUAGAUUUUGAGACUGUUUUACACUCAGUUAUGCCAAUCUUCACCUUCAUGGGAGCUCACAGUAUCCGCCAAGAUGAUGAAUUCACCUCUCAUGUGGUUGAAAAUACAAUAAGAACCAUUGUCCCUGCUCUGCUGAAGGGUAAUGAGAGUGAAGUUGUGGAUGAAACCGGAUUCUUGUUGGUUAGCUUUACUACUGCAUUGCAGCAUGUCCCAAAACAUAGGAGAGUCAGAUUAUAUACCACAUUGGUGGAAGCCUUGGAUCCUAACAAAGCCAUCUCAUCAUUUUUGGUAUUAAUCUCCCAGCAAUACUCUUCCUUCACAACAAAUUUCAAGCUCGGUGAAGCUAGAGGUCUCGUUGAAUUUACUAAAUCCUUUAUGGGCAAUUUUGAUGCUCUACAACAAUUGAAUGGAUGGGCUGACUUCAUCUCGCUUGCAAAGAUUUUAAUAGAUGCCGAGAAGGAUGAAUCCAAGAAGAAAGAGUUCAAAUUGCAUGCCCUAUUUACCAAUAGCAUUGUUAACUUAACACACUCCGAGCUUUUGGUCUUAGUUCAAAAUGGAUUUACUUUCAUGAAUAAAGUGAUAGAAGAAAGUGAGGUCGGCUACAGCGAUGUUAGCAACAGUUUUAGAGUCGGGCUUUACUCUGCUCUGCUGGAUCCAACCACUGAUAAGACCUAUGUGGAUCAAGUCAAAUCUAGAUUUGGUGUACUCUUAGAGAAUGUUUUGGGUUUCAUUAACAACGUCGAAAGUUUCUGCGGCUCAUCAUCUUCCGCUGAUGGUGAAGACUCCUCCUCUGACAGUGAAAUUUCGGAAUCCAACUCGGAGAUCAAGAGCGCUCUAUUUACCAUGUUGGCGCAAGUUUUGAAUUUACUUCCUGUAGAUAAUUUCGUUACAGCAGUUCUUCCUCUAUUGUCUUCUGCGAAGGACAGUGACAUCCGUUAUCACCUAACUUUGGUCAUUAAUACCAAAUUCCAGUCUCAAAGUUUGGAAGUCGUCCCCACAAGUGAAAAAGUUAUCGAUACUUUAUUAAAGAGAGUCGUACUUGAAAAGGAUAAUGUUAAUGUCGCACAAGUCUCUUUAAACACUUUAUCUUCUUUGAUUAGUCAAUUUGGCAAGAAUUUGGAUACCAACCUAUUAAACAGAUCUUUGGCACUGUCUACGGAUAAUCUAAAAUCUAACCACUUGGAAGUGGUCAUUUCCUCUAUUGCCGUGGUCACCAACUGUAUUGAAGCACUUGGAAUCAAAUCCAUCGCAUUCUACUCCAAGAUUGUUCCAGUAUCUCUUCAACUAUUCAACAAUGUCAACAAAGAUGGUGCCGAAAGCUUGAAACAGCAAUUGCAACUAUCCGUUCUACUGCUGUUUGCAUCUUUUGUCAAACACAUCCCAAGUAUUUUAAUGUCAAACUUGAAAGAUGUUUUACGCACUGUUUUCCUAGCAGAUGAAGUGGAAACGACUGUUCGUCUAUCUAUAAUCUCAUUAAUUGUGGAAAAUGUGGAUUUAAAGGAAAUUCUAAGAGUAUUACAAAAAUUAUGGGGAAGUGAACUUGCACAACUGAAUGACUCCAUUGCCAUUUCACUCUUCUUAAGUACUCUAGAAUCUACGGUAGAGGCAAUUGAUAAAAAAUCUGCUACCGUCCAGUCUCCAAUCUUCUUCAAAUUAUUAUUGGAAUUGUUGGAAUACAGAUCAAUCUGUCAGUUUGAUGUCAAUACCAUCAACCGUAUUGAAGCUUCCGUCUUUGAAAUUGCAAAUGAAUACGUUCUCAAAUUGAACGACAAAGUGUUCAGACCAUUGUUUGUGAUCAUGGUGAGAUGGGCAUUUGACGGUGAAGGUGUUGUUAACACUUCAAUUAGCGGUAAUGAGAGAUUGAUUAGUUUCUUCAAAUUUUUCAACAAGCUACAAGAGAAUUUGAAAGGUAUCGUUACAUCUUAUUUCACUUACGUUUUGGAGCCAGUGGAUCAACUGUUGAAAAAAUUUGCCUCUGGUGAAGUGGUCAAUGUGAACUUGCGUCGUUUGACAAUCAACUCACUAACGUCAACUUUCAAGUACGAUAAGGACGAAUACUGGAGGUCAACUUCAAGAUUUGAAUUGAUUUGUUCAUCACUAGUGAGCCAAUUGUCUAACGUGGAGAGUGUCAUUGGUAAAUAUUUGGUAAAAUCAAUCGCAUCUCUAGCUGCCAACAAUAACCGCGCGGAGGAACAUAACAAGUUCAUGCAUAAGCUUCUAGUUGAGCACAUGGAGGCAACAUGCUCUUCCAAUGAAAAGCUAUGGACCGUGAGAACUUUGAAAUUAAUCUACUCUAAGGUGGGUGAAAGCUGGUUGGUACUAUUGCCACAACUCGUUCCUACGAUCGCAGAACUACUAGAAGAUGAAGACGAACAAGUGGAGAGAGAAGUCAGAUCAGGACUUGUCAGAGUGGUAGAAAACGUUCUAGGUGAGCCAUUUGAUAGAUAUCUAGAUUAG